UUAUCAGGUGCUAAUACAAAAAAGUAAAAUUCGGACAACCAACAGAAGCCGGUGGAAAAUAUGGAAUGUUUCUAGCAACAAAUAAUGUCGACUUUUUUUCAGUGUAAUUAAGUACACACAUAUGUAUGUAUGCAUGCAUUUCUAACUACUUUAUGUGAUACCAUAGCAACAGUGAUGCACUAAUUUGUUUAUGCAUCGAUGUAUUGACUGCUAAUAAAAGCACUUGGGCAAGUUCUUACACCACUACACAUUUAAAAUUGAAAAAAGGGGAAAAAUUCGGUAUCAUGAACAAGCUGAAGUCAAAUAAUAAUUCCAAUAACAGUGGAACAUCUUCGGAGACUAGUGAGACUCAAAGUGUUGAAGACCAUCAAACAGUUUUACUAUCUAACAAUCGUAGUUUAUCAUUGAGUAGGGCCAAAAAUAGCUGGAAACGUAUGAAGGAACUGGCUUCAGAAAAGGAAAAGGAAAAUGAAUCUAAACGCCCACCAUGGCGCGCAGUUAGCGUGUCAACGCUUACCAAACCUGACAAGAGUGCAUUGCUUCGUGCUAAAUUACUUGAUGCAUCAAGACGAUUAAGAGCUGGAAAAGCAAAUGUAGGUCUCCAAACGGACUUUGUGCCGACUAAGCUUAUGAAAGAAGCAAGCGUGGAUGCACAAUAUGAUUUAAUUUUGCACAAAGAUAUUGGGAUUCUUACCGAUGGACAAUAUUGUAGGAAGAAGGAUGGCUUUCAGCAGUAUAUUUUGACCUAUUCCAUGUCACAAAUGACCGAAAGCAUUGCUACAGUUUCUCGUUAUACACAAACGCUUCUGCCCAAAGCUUAUAAUAAGGACGUCAUUAAUAGUUACUUAAUACAAUGUAACGAAGAUGAAAAUGGUAUUGAUUCAAAUUUGGAGACGGGUUUCGAUGAUGCAAUUACUAGAAUACGAAAGUUGUAUUUUGACGAGGAGUCUCAAUUACAAAGACAUGCGGUAGGCGCAAAUCGUGUCGGUCUAAACUUAACACCUACCCUAGCCUCGUGGAAUUUUGAUGAUGAUCCAGUUGAAAUGGAAUCUGAUCGACAUUUUAUACCUUAUACCAUAGACUCGUACAGCCCGUGGCGCAGUUUCGCACCUAUUCCUUUUCAGUUGAGGGGCAAUUCAGUUAUUGGAACUAUGAAAAUUGAUUGGUAUGCACUGCUGCAGUCUAUCGAUGAAUUAAUAAAGGAGUCAAACCAUUUAGUAGACAAGCUUGAACAGAUUAUGCUGGGUAAUAGUUUGCAUCAAAAAACUUUUUUGACUAAUGUAGAUCAAAUUACAAAAUUCAAGUCUAGCAACAUUAAGCCCCCAUCUGAGCAUUGGUUGCCAAUCAUUGAACAACAAGAGAAGCAAUUAAAAGCUAUUUUAAGCACGCCUGAAUCCAGUUAUGUUACUCCCGAAUAAAGAAUAUGUUCUUAAUGUUUACGAAAUAAAAACUCAGUCGGAGUAUAUAUAUAUAUUAGGGGUAAGAUCCCUAUGCACGCGCUUUGCUCGAUCACGCCGAUGUAAGUAAAAUAUCGGGAAAAUUGUAUAUGCAUAAUAGAGAUAUGACAAAGCAUACAAAUCAUGCGUUUAAUAUGUAAGCUUGAUUUUAGAUGCUCCUCAUCCGUUCAGAACGAACUAAAUAUGUAGCUACAGAACUUCUGUGUAGGUAAUCGUGGUUCCUCUCUUUCUCUCUAUGUUUUCAAAUCACUCAUAGCAAAUGCGAGCAAAAUUGAAAGAGAACUCGAGCUGCGUUGAGUUUUUGUUUUAUAUUUUUGCUUGUAUUUUCAUCAUCAUCAUAAAUAAUUAAGUUUUUUAUUUCUUACUUGUAUUAAAAAUUAGUCCUUUUUUAUUUUAAGGUAGCACUUCGUUGUUAACCAUUCAAAUUCGUUCUUAGAGGCACGUCUUUCCGGCACAGUUUACAUAGCAGGGUGUGAUAAAAUGGACGGACGACAGGCAUGGUUGUAUCGACCCGAUUAUUGGUGCUGUUCAAGAAUAUAUUUCAGUGUUAAAUAUUCUGGGUUCCUCAUAUAUGCUGACAAUCUUAAAAUGUUCGGUUUAAUAUCAAUAUUAGUUGCGUCUGCCGGAGAGAGCCAUACUGACUAAGUAUCGGGUAUAAAUGUAGAGCUGCGGUCUCCGCAGCAACUCACAACGUUCCCCGUCG